AAUUUCACUGUGAUAAACUCAUGACACGAAUGUCUGUUAUGAAAGUGUCAACACGAACUGGAUUUUUUGCUAAGUUGGGGGUUACAUUUUUCUCAAGUUUGCUAAUAGUUGUGCAAAGAGUGAAAUGUGAUUAGUUUGUUGUUGAGUAGCGGUCGUUGGCCAUCCUAACCGGUCUUGACGGUUGCUGAGCACUAGGUGUUGUUAUAAUAUAAAACACAAGAUAACUAUAAAGCGUGAUUCAUAGUCGGUGGAGUGCCAAGACCGUGGACCUGAAAAUGGUCACCAUACGCACAUUUCUCUUCUUGGUGCUAUUCUAUCUCCACCAUGCAAGCAGUACCGACCCCGAAAUCGAAGCCGAAGAAAUAAGAGCCCGAGAUUUUCUUCAAUUCUUAAACAAGAAGAACGAAGAACACAACAACAAACAAUCCCUAGCACAUUGGGCGUACGCGUCAAAUAUCACCGACGCAAACCUCCAAAACCAGCUAGAAGUGAGCGCCGAAAUCGCCAAAGAACGGAAACAAGAAUGGCUCGAAGUGAUCAAAUUCAACUGGAACACCUUCUCCGACCCCGACCUCAAGCGCCAAUUCAAAAAGUACUCAAAACUCGGCUCGGACGCCCUCCCUGAAGACAAACUCAACCGCCUCAACAAAAUCACCAGCGAGAUGCAAAAAAUCUACUCUACAGCCAAGAUCUGCGCCUACGAUAACUCGUCCCAGUGCGACCUAGCGCUAGAACCUGAACUCACCCAAAUCCUUGCCAACUCUCGAGACGACGAAGAGCUCAAACACGUUUGGGUGGAGUGGAGGAAUGCAGUUGGACCACAUUGCAAGCGCUUGUUUGAAGAAUACGUGGAUCUGUCAAAUGAGGCAGCUCGUUUGAAUAAUUUUACGGACAAUACUGAGAGCUGGUUGGACGGAUAUGAAGAUCCGCAGUUCAGGCAACAGAUUGAGUCGCUUUGGGAGCAGCUGAAGCCGCUGUAUUUGCAGAUUCAUGCCUACGUGAGGUACAAGCUGAGGGAGAAGUAUGGGGAUGUGGUGUCGGAAAAGGGACCGAUUCCGGUACACCUUCUAGGGAACAUGUGGGCGCAGAAGUGGCGAAACGUGGCAGAGCUGACUUUACCGUACCCCGAUAAGAAAGACGAUGAUCUGACCGAAGAACUAAGGAAGCAGAACUACACAGUGGAGCAAAUUUUCCGCACGUCUGAAGACUUCUUCAAGUCUAUAAACCUGACUGAAAUGCCUGAAAGCUUCUGGGAGCGUUCCAUUUUGAAGAAACCUACAGAUAGACAGAUUGUGUGUCAUGCGUCAGCUUGGGACUUCUACGACCGAAAGGACUUCAGGAUCAAACAGUGUACCGAAAUCACUCUGGAGCACUUUAUUACAGCGCACCACGAAAUGGGUCACGUGGAGUACUUCAUCCAAUACAAAAACCAACCAGUCACUUUCAGACGUGGCGCCAACAGCGGUUUCCACGAAGCCGUAGGCGACUUAAUUUCGCUGUCGGUUGAAUCGCGCAAACAUCUUCGCAAAAUCGGGCUUCUGAAAUCAGAAAAGGACGACCCAGAGAACAUUUUGAACAACUUAUUCCAGAUCGGUUUAGACAAAAUCGUCUUCUUGCCCUUUGGGUACUUAAUGGACUUGUGGCGGUGGGACGUGUUUGAAGGAAAAAUCACCCCAGACAACUACAACUGUAAGUGGUGGGAGCUCAGGGAGAAGUACCAAGGGGUGGAACCACCGGUGAACCGAAGCGAAGAGGACUUUGAUCCCGCCGCCAAGUACCACAUCAUCGCUAGCGUUCCCUACAUUCGGUACUUCGUGAGUUUCGUCAUCCAGUUCCAGUUCCAUAGGGCGGUUUGUGAGAAAGCCGGACAGUACGAUCCCAACGAUUCGUCCAAGCCCUUACACGAGUGUGACAUUUACCAGAACACGGACGCAGGAAACGCACUUAAACAAAUGCUACAAAUGGGUUCGUCGAAACCUUGGCCCGAUGCGAUUGAAGUUCUAACUGGGCAAAGGACCAUGGACGCGAGUGCCUUGUUGGAGUACUUCAAACCUCUGCACAAGUGGCUCGAGACCGAAAAUAAGAAAAACGGCGCAUUCAUCGGGUGGGAGAAAUCCGACAAAGUGUGCACGAAAAAACCAGAGGAGAAACAGGAGUGAAAAUCUACCAGAACAUGAAUAAAUUAGAUAAAUAAAGGAACAUUGUGAUUGAUUGAUUGUUAGUUUUGUGAAUAAUCUUAUGUCUUAUGUCACGAUUUAGUAAAUGGAGAACAUUUUCCAAACA